GUGCUGGGAAUCCAACGGGUUGUGCUGUUAACUGUUGAGACAUCUCUCUAGCCCCCACCCCGGAAACACUUGAGUUUUUUCAGGCAAGGCACAAGUUCAUUGCUCAAAGUCACUGCUGUAGUAAAUGGGGGAACUGGGAUUUGAACUGGGGGAGUGUGGCUGGUGACAGAAGCCCAGAGAGGGAUAAGGGCCACACAACCACAGUCCCCAAGCUGUUGACUCCCUUCUAGCCCAGGAAAAGUAACACCUGACGCUUAGCUGGCUGGGGGCGGAGCAGGGGUGGAGCCAGGGAGACCCAGGUGGCCUCUCAGAACAAGAGCACUGAGUGGCCCGGAGCAGCAUGAGGCAGAGCUGGGGACCAGGGCUGCUUAUUGUGGGAGCUGUGGUCCUGAUAGAGGGUCUUCAGGCAGCUCAGCGUGGUAAGUGGUGGUGAGGACAUGGGACCAGGGCUGUGCUCAGGGAUGAUGGAGGAACGGCACCCUGUGGUCCCGAGGUCAGGACAGUGUCAGCGUGACUCAUCCUUCUCUACAGCAUGCGGGCAGCGAGGCCCUGGCCCUCCAGAGCCUCAGGAAGGCAGCACGUUGGCUGGUGAAUGGCCCUGGCAGGCCAGCGUGAGGCGACGAGGGGCACACAUCUGCAGCGGCUCCUUGGUGGCAGACACCUGGGUCCUCACAGCUGCUCACUGCUUUGAAAAGGUGGCCACAACAGAACUGAGCUCCUGGUCCGUGGUCCUGGGUUCUCUGACACAGGAGGGGCUGAGCCCAGGGGCUGAGGAGGUGGGAGUCGCUGGCCUGCAGUUGCCCAAGGCCUAUCACCACUACAGCCAGGGAUCCGACCUGGCCCUGCUCCAGCUUAGCCAUCCCACAGCCCAUACAACCCUCUGCCUGCCCCAGUCCACCUAUCAUUUCCCCUUUGGAGCCUCGUGCUGGGCCACGGGCUGGGACCAGAACACCAGUGACGUUUCCAGGACCCUGCGGAAUCUGCGUCUUCGUCUCAUCAGCCGCCCCACUUGUAACUGUCUCUACAAUCGGUUACACCAGCGGCUGCUGGCCAGCCCAGCGAGACCUGGGAUGCUGUGUGGGGGUGCACAGCCUGGGGUACAGGGACCCUGCCAGGGAGAUUCUGGGGGACCUGUGAUGUGCCGUGAGCCUGACGGACAUUGGGUCCAAGUUGGAAUCAUUAGCUUCACGUCGAGAUGUGCCCAAGAGGACACUCCUGUACUGCUGACCGACAUGGCCACGCACAGUUCAUGGCUGGAGGCCCACGUUCAUGGGGCAGCUUUCCUGGUCCAGGACCCAGGAACUGUGGAAGCCAGCGACGAGAACAGCUGUGUCGCAUGCGGCUCCUUGAGGGGUGGAGGCCCCCAGGCCGGAGCGCUCUCUCAGUGGCCCUGGGAUGCCAGGCUGAAGCACCAUGGGAAGCUGGCUUGUGGUGGAGCCCUGGUGUCAGAGGCGGUGGUGCUGACUGCUGCUCACUGCUUUAUCGGGCGCCAAACCCUAGAGGAAUGGAGUGUAGGUCUGGGGGCUGGACCAGAGGAACGGGGUCUGAAGCAACUCAUUCUGCACGGGGCCUACACCCACCCUGAAGGUGGCUAUGAUGUGGCCCUCCUGCUGCUGGCUCAGCCUGUGACAUUAGGCCCUGGCCUGAGGCCCCUUUGCUUGCCCUAUGCUGACCACCGCCUGCCUGAUGGUGAACAUGGCUGGGUUCUCGGGCUGACUCAAGGAGCAGGCAACAGUUACCCCCAGACAGUACCUGUGACAGUCUUAGGGCCAGCAGCCUGCAGCCAACAACAUCCAGCCCCUGGGAGCACGGGCAGUCCCAUUCUGCCAGGGAUGGUAUGCACCACUGUUGUGGGUGAGCUGCCUCAAUGUGAGGGCCUGUCUGGGGCACCGCUCGUCCAUGAGGUCAGGGGCACAUGGUUCCUGGCUGGACUGCACAGCUUUGGAGACACCUGCCAAGGCCCUUCGAGGCCUGCAGUCUUUGCAGCACUCUCUGCCUAUGAGGACUGGGUCAGCCACCUAGACUGGCAGGUCUACUUCGCCGAGGAGCCAGAGCCUGAGGCUGAGCCUGGAAGCUGUCUGGUCAACUCAAGCCAACCAGCCAGUUGCUGACUGGUGACUCUCUAGUUUACUCACAAGAUGCCCGAAAAGCCAGGCAACUCCCACGU